AUGACUAGCCCUACACACGUAGCACACACAUUGCUGCUGAUCCUUCCACUUUUUCACAAAUUUGGUCAAACUUCAGGUUUGCCUUGUUCGGAUGUGUUAUGCAACUCAUGCUGUAUACCGUUUUCCAGCGGAUGCAGAGCAGCAUAUACUACCGAAUUGAGUGGAGUCUUGGUUACAGAUAACAUAAAUUGUAAGGAUUGUCCAUGUGAUCACCCUGUAAUAGGCUGUGGAUGGAUUGGGAAGGAUUUUGAAAAGUUACAAUGUAACAAUUGUAAAUCUUUACGCAUUGAAAUCGGAAAGAAUCCAAAUCUAUCACUAGUAGGUUGUGGCUAUGAAAAUAUUAAGGGUGAAUUAGUAUAUUUAGACUAA